AUGAUCAACAGCAAACAACAAGAAAUGUGGUACUUUUUUACUCCGAGAGAUCGAAAGUAUUUAAAUGGAAACCGUCCAAACCGAGCAACUGGUGAUGGAUAUUGGAAAGCUACUGGAGCUGACAAGCAUAUUAUAUUCGACGAAGCCCUAAUUGGGUAUAGGAAGGCACUAGUUUUCUAUCAAGGAAAAGCUCCAAAUGGUACGAAGACUAAUUGGAUUAUGCACGAAUUUAGAGUUGACACUCCUCCUCGAGAUAAAAGGAGUCCAGGUGACAUGAAGUUGGAUGAUUCAGUUUUGUGCAGAAUUUAUAAGAAUACUGAAAAGGAAUCAAAAUCGAAUGAGAAAUCAACCCAAGUCCAUGCCCAAGAUGAUCAGGAGGUUCCAAAUUCCACAUCUUUGCCUCAAAAUGAGCCAAUGGAGUAUUUCGAAUUCAAGGAUCCUAUGGCACAAAUGAUAUAUGACCAUGACUACAUGCUUCAAUCUGAUCAAAAUGCACCUAGUGCAUUAUUGGAAGUUCCUCAAAACAGUAACGCUGCUACUCUCAUUGACAUGCCUGGGUUCCAUGAUCCAUUUCAAGCAAUGGGCGGUAAUAUUUUUGAGACUCCUGUCCAGAGCAAUCAACAAAGUUUCUGUUUUCCUCCUUUAGUGAAUUCUGUAGAGACCCUAAAUUUGCCAAGUAGAAACCAAGAUUGGUCGUACACUACAAAUCCUUCCAAGAACAUCUCAGCAAUGCAAUCUGAUUACUACAAUUACUGUGUUUAUCAGCAGGCAUCGCUGAAUAAUCAAGUGUCAACAUCGAUUCAUUCCCCCGGUUAUGACUCAAAUAUGCUUCUGAUUCUGAAUAAUCAAGUGUCGACAUCGAUGCCUUCUCAUCAAGUGUCACCAUCGAUGCCUUUUUUCAGUAAUGACCCAAAUAAGCGUCAAAAGCUUUCAAAUGAUGACCAUUCAUUUCGAUGA